CACGGGCAAAGGGGGAAGGCACAGGACACGCCAGCUCGAUCCCGAGGUGGUCACGUGACGCACUUUCGCGGCCGUGUCAGCUGAUCCCUGCUGUGCUGUUGCGGCGAUGGAGUUUCUCCUGGGUAACCCCUUCAGCUCUCCCGUGGGGCAGCGUAUAGAGAAAGCUACUGAUGGUUCCCUGCAGAGCGAAGACUGGGCUCUCAACAUGGAGAUCUGCGACAUCAUUAAUGAGACAGAGGAAGGGCCCAAAGAUGCCUUCCGAGCCAUAAAGAAAAGGAUCGUUGGGAAUAAGAACUUCCAUGAAGUGAUGCUGGCUUUGACAGUCCUUGAAACUUGUGUCAAAAACUGUGGGCACCGCUUCCAUGUGCUGGUGGCUAGCCAGGACUUUGUAGAAGGUGUGCUGGUGCGAAUCAUUCUCCCCAAAAACAACCCACCUGCCAUUGUUCAUGACAAGGUGCUGACCCUCAUACAGUCCUGGGCAGAUGCAUUCCGCAGUACACCAGACCUGACGGGGGUCGUAGCUGUUUAUGAGGACUUGAGAAGAAAAGGCCUGGAAUUUCCCAUGACUGAUCUGGAUAUGCUGUCACCCAUCCAUACACCACAGAGGACUGUAUAUAGCACAGACUCCCCGUCAGGACUGAACUCGCCAGCAGCAGACUCCCCUCAGACAAUCGAGUCUAUUCUGCAUCCUGUGUCCCUGCCAGGUGUUCCAGGAGCCUCCACAGAUGCCCCCAUCACACCAACAUCAGAGCAGAUCGGGAAACUACGCAGUGAGCUGGAAGUGGUGAAUGGCAAUGUAAAAGUGAUGUCUGAGAUGCUGACGGAACUGGUUCCGGGCCAGGCUGAAGCCUCCGACAUUGACCUGCUCCAGGAACUGAACCGGACGUGUAAAUCGAUGCAGCAGCGUGUGCUGGAGCUGAUCCCCCGUAUCCUCAAUGAACAACUAACGGAGGAGCUUCUCAUUGUCAAUGACAACCUCAACAACAUUUUCCUGCGCCAUGAACGGUUUGAGCGGCUCCGAUCUGGCCAGUCCACAAAGCAACCGAGCAGUGCAGAAAAUGCAAGCAACGUGCCUGACGUGGAGCUUCGUGCUGCUCCAGUGGGGAAGGAGCCUGAAGCCACCAACACCCUCUCAUCACAGCUUGCAGGAAUGAAUCUGGGUUCCGGCAGCGUGAGUGCAGGGCUGCAGUCGCUGGACCAUUCUGGGAAACUGGAAGAAGAGUUUGAUAUGUUUGCACUGACCCGAGGCAGCUCACUGGCUGAGCAGCGCAAAGACGUCAAGUAUGAAGAUCCUCUGGCCACAAAAGGACUAGCAGGCGCCUUAGAUGCCAGGCAGCAGAAUACAGGAGCGAUUCCUGUCCCCCAGGCUGCCCUCAUGGAGGAUAUUGAGCAGUGGCUCUCCACUGAUGUGGGAAAUGAGACAGAGGAUCCAAAGGGUGUCACCAGUGAAGAGUUUGACAAGUUUCUGGAAGAGCGAGCAAAGGUAGCGGAUCAGCUGCCCACAUUUCCUAGUCCCCCGACCGGAGUUCCUUCCCCGCCCACUGGCUCCAACUCUGGCCCCCACCGGAAGAAGGACAAAGGAGAGGACAUGAUGUUUGCUUUAUGAGCUCUACUAUGUACUGGUGUGCUGUGGUUGCAAGAGGACCUGUGUGCUGCACUGCUCUCCUCCCUCCUUGGAGGUGGAGGAGGAGGUGGGAUGCAAGAGGGGUGUGAGUGAGGAAGAGAUCCUCCUUCCUUCCUUCCCCUCCUACCUCCUUUUUCUAGGCUGCUUUGGGAUUAAGUUAAUCAUUGCUGCAUUUGGGAGCCUGAGAGAGAGAAGCAAGUGGCGGGAAGAGGCUAUAAAGCUGCCAAAUGUGUUGCCAGAUGAGCUGACAGACUUGGGAUUUCUCCUGCAUGGUCUAGACAAGCUAUAACUUUUUCUCCGUUAGUUCCCCCCACCCCUUUCCCCCCCUUUCCUCCAAUGAAAUGACCAUAACAGGCUGGAAACUGGUCAUAUAGAAUCUAGAACGCUUGUUCAUUAAGAUCUAGAAUGCUUGUUCAUUCGAGUGCCCACAGGUAGGAGAAGUGCCCAGUCUGGGAAGGAGAGCCAGGUGUGCUCCCGAUUUUCAGUUGUGUGCUUGCAAACAUUAAGGUAGGUGGCGGGAGAAUGAUUGUGUGUGUCAACUAGAUAGGAUUACUUUUUCUCCUCUCUCCAUAAAAAACUGUCAUCUGGGUAGGGUGUGCUCAUCCUACACAGCUGCCGCCUCUCGCACGGUCUUUCUCCCCUACCUCCUCAAUGUUUGCAAGCACACAACCAAAAAUCGGGAGUACACCCAGCUCUCCUACCCAGGCUGGGCACUUCUCUUACCCUGCUGGCAGUCAUGUGAACAAGCCUUCUGUUUCCUAUCCGUCUCACAAGCAGCUGCAUUUUGGCUGUAAUGCUGAGCAGCAACCCUCAAACCUCAUCUCCACUCUUCUAUAUAUUUUUGGCCUCUCCUGGAUGAACAGGAAUCAAGAAUGUGAUCUGCAGUGGCGAGAAAGGGAUUGCUGUUGGAAGCAGGGCAGUGGCACCAAAAAGCCUCUCUUACACCCCUCCCUGUUGUGUAAGCACUUCCUGUAGGAGCCUUCCUGCUUUUGAAAACUCUGCCUGAAGGCGAAACAAGUUCACAGUAAGCACUUCUUGUAGGACUCCUCUUGCUUAUGAAAACUCUACCUGCAGGCCAAGCAAGCUUAUUGUAGCCCAUCCAGGUAUCCCAUCUUAUGCAGGGGAAGGGAGUGUGUGGCAUCUUCAACAGCAGGAUUCCGUGUAACAGGGAUUCCUAUAUUUUGUUGACUACAACGCCCAUAAUCCCCAGCCAAAGGCCAUUGCAGCUGGGGAUGCUGGGAGUUGUAGUCAACAUCAUCUGGGAAUUCCUGAUACAGCAAACACUUAUCAACAGUACCAAGUUCUUCCAAGAUAGGGAGAGCCCAAAGCUGAAACAUCAAAAAAAAAUCCUCCCUUCCUCUCUCCUUAAAUAAAAAACGGAUCAUGAUCUCUUUCCCCCCACUAUAAUUUAUCCCUAGAAGUCCGCCCCAUAACUUCUUUUUUCGCUUGGGCCCGAACUCUCUUAGUGCAUUAGCAGAGACACUGAGGAAAUGGCAUUCACUGGGUUAAAGGCUAAUGGGUGAGAAGCUUGUUGGAGAUGAAAUGCUGAAUUAUUCCAUGUAACUGGGAGACAUGCCUUUUAUAUUCCGUAUUAAAAAAAAGUCUUUGAUUUCA